UCUGUGUGUAGCCCAGUGAGGCGAACCGGGGGAAGGAAGCGGAGGGAGACCCGGCGAGCGGAGACGCGGCGGCGGGCGGCAUGUGGCUGGAGGCGGGCAAGGUCCCCGGAGCCGCGGCGGUCUUCUACGGGGCUCUGGCGGCGCUGGUCCUUUUGGGGGUCCGGGACGUGCUCUUCCAGUACGAGGAGAACCGGUGCAGCAUGACCUACAUGUUCGAGUACCCCGAGUAUUUGAAAAUAAAACUUCCUAGGAAAGUAUCCAGGCGUUAUCCAGCCUAUGAGCUCUAUCUUUACGGGGAAGGAAGUUAUGCAGAAGAAAAUAGAAAUCUGCUCUUAACUGGGAUUCCAGUACUCUUCCUCCCUGGCAAUGCUGGGAGUUACAAACAAGUACGUUCCCUUGGGUCAAUAGCACUCAGAAAGGCAGAAGAUGCUGACUUCAAGUAUCAUUUUGAUGUCUUCAGCGUCAACUUCAAUGAGGAACUUGUUGCACUCUAUGGUGGAAGUCUACAAAGGCAAACUAGAUUUGUGCAUGAGUGUAUUAAAGUUAUUCUUAAAUUGUAUAAGGGCCAGGGGUUUGCUCCUCGUAGCGUUGCAAUAGUAGGUCAUUCCAUGGGCGGCCUUGUUGCAAGAGCACUGCUGACGCUUAAAAAUUUCAAGGUGGAACUCCUCAAUGUCCUUGUUACUCAGGCCACACCUCACAUUGCACCUGUAAUGCCUUUAGACCGAUAUCUUACUGAUUUUUACAGGGCGGUAAACCAGAAAUGGAUUCAGAAGGCUAAAGAAAUAAAGAAUCUAACGACUCUUUCUGUGGCGGGAGGAUUUCGAGAUUAUCAAGUUCGUUCAGGACUGGCUUUUCUGCCCCGAACAAGUCAUCAAAGCAGUGCCUUAUGUGUUGUGACUUCAGCCAUUCCUCGUGUCUGGGCUUCAACAGACCAUCUCUCCAUAGUUUGGUGUAAAGAAUUGAUCUUGGCUACCAUCCGAGCAUUUUUUGACCUUAUUGAUGAAAACACUAAGCAGAUAACAGAAGAUCCACAGAAGAGAAUGCUAGUGUUAAAUCAUCACUUUCUGAGGCACCCUGCAAAAUUAUAUGAAGAGAGCCCUGAAUCUGUUGCUGAGCUAACAGGAGAAGUAAACUGGAUCCAGAUUAAAACUUCAAAAUGGUCCUAUACAGUGUACAAUGAAUCGGAUGGAAAAUACUUUACUUUCCCUCUCUCAGGCCAUCGAAAACCAUACAGUCAUGUCUACUGUCAAAGCAGUAUGUUGGACACAAAUAGUUGGAUAUAUGGCUGUAUAAACAGUUCCUCACCUGUGUGUCUGCGAGGUGUUGACUUGAGUUGGAAAACUGAAUUACUGCCAACAGUUAAGACUGUGACUCUGAAACUUGAAGACUAUCCUUCUUUGUCUCAUCUUGUGCUUCAUAUACCAGCCGUCAAUGGUAAUAAGUUUACUUUGGACUGCGAGUUCUUUAACGAAGCUUCAAGAACAGUACAGCUUCCUGUGACCCACCUUUUUUCAUUUGGGCUUUCUUCAAGCAAAACCGUAUUAAAUUCAACUGGCCUUAUUCACAAGGUUCAGCUUCAACAUUUUGGUCAGAUAUACCAAGCUUUUAACAUCCUUAUAGAGAGCCGCUGCCAGUCGCUUAAAGAAAGGAAACCUUCUGUGUACCAGCUUCAUAUACCAUGGUCCUAUGAAGACUCUUUAACUUUGUCACAGGUUCCAUCUUCGACUGAGAUUUCUGCAAAGCUGCACAUUGCCCAGCCUGAAAAUGACACUGCUGUUCCAUCGUUGAACAUUUAUUCAUCUUCAGAUUGCCAAUAUGAAGUAACCGUCAAGACCUCUUUUCUGCAAGUCCUUGGUCAGGUAAUAAGAUUCCAUGGUGGCGCCCUACCCGUGUACAUAAUUUCUAAUAUUCUUCUUGCUUAUGGAAGACAGUUAAGGUCCCUAAUUUCAACAGGUCAUUGCACAGAUUUUGUACCUGCACUUACUAAAGCAGCCAGGCCCUAUAAAGUAGAACCAAUAGUGAAUAUUGUUAAGUUCUUGUUGGGGCUUAACUGGUUUAAAGGAAUCUGGGAUAUAUUAUCCUUGCCAGAAUUGGAUGCUGUUACACCGAACAACCAGAAUUUGUGGUUUCCUUUUGUAUCUCUCAUCCUCUUUAUGUUUGGAACCGGCAUAGCCUAUUGGUGUGGCAAACUCUUCAGUUCAUUUCUAAGGAUCUCAUCCUCAUUGCAUCUAGCUUUGGCCAGACCCUCUCGACUUCCACCAGAGCCCAGUUUGAUUACGCGAAGAAGGUUGUGCGUAGCUGUUUGCAUGUUUUUCCUUAGCUGGACUACAUGUGGAGCGUUGGUUAUAUUAAUGACAUAUGCUCAUUACACCUUCAAGGUUAUUAAACUGCAUUCAAAUGUCAGAACAGAACUAAGUGUCCUUGAUACGUGCCCAAAGAACUCGGAACAAAGCUCCGCUUGUUCCAAAAGAGAAACGGAAGAGAGCUGUGCAUCAUCAGCAGAUGGCCUUUCAGAAGCAGCAGCAGCAGCAACAUCAUCACCUACGGGCAGCACAGCUGUUGACAGCGUUGUAGACAGUCUUAAGAUGCACGUCACCGUCCUCAACUUGCUCACAUUAAUUGUGCUGCUCAGUUGCCCAUCUUUAAUUUACUGGCUGAAAAAUCUCAGGUACCAUAUCAAGCUUGAUCCUGAUCCAUGUAGAUCUACUGCUUUUAUGCUCAUAGCCAUUUUGGGUAUACUCAUGAAUGCAAGCACUACAAAAGUUAAAACAAGUAAACUGCUGAAGAUGGCUGCACAUCUCCCACUUCCUUUGUCUGUUGCCGCCGUGGUGUUUGCACCAAUGCACUUAGACAGAAUGCCAUACUUUGUAAUCAUUCCUCUUUUUCUUCACGCGUUAUGCUGCAUUGUGUAAAGACUUUCGUUUACCAAAGCACCAAGCACACCAGGGAGGGAGCUGGACCAAGGAUAAUCUGGGACAACAUGAAAAUAUCAUAAACAUUAUCUUCUGUCCGUGGCAGAAGUGAAAACAACGCUGGGCACAUGUUGUGAAGGUUGAUCCAGUUAGAAAGCAUAGGGUUUUGUACCUUACUGUUAAAAAAAAGAAUCCUUGUAGAAACAGUUCAGUUCUGAAUCUGCCUCUGACAAUGAUGCUUUAUUUUCGUGGUGUUGGAGCAGGGUUUGGGGGUUUUUUAAAAACACAAAUGUGCACUUGUGUGUCCGAUAUGCUCUUCGGGAUGAAGCACCUUUUUACUGUUGGCAAAAUCCAUAACCGAUAGGACAAUCCGAAAGUUCUUAUUCCGUUAAAGGCAGCUGAAGUUAUGUUUUGUCUGUCUUUGGGUCUGUACUAAGCUACAAUGCCGAUGCUGCUCAACUUGGUGACAAAUCAAAAACUAUUUCACAGCUUCCAUGUUUGUGAGGUUAUUGAAAGUGGUGGUGGCCCAGUACAUCGAUUUAUAUUCAACGUAACAUAAUUUACUAAGUACCAUCUUUUUUGCUCUAUAAGACUCACUUUUUCCCUCCUAAAAAGUAAGGGGAAAUGUGUGUGCGUCUUAUGGAGUGAAUGCAGGCUGCGCAGCUAUCCCAGAAGCCAGAACAGCAAGAGGGGUCUCUGCUUUCGCUGCGCAGCGAUCCCUCUUGCUGUUCUGGCUUCUGGGAUUCAGAAUAUUUUUUUUCUUGUUUUCCUCCUCCAAAAACUAGGUGCGUCUUGUGGUCUGGUGCGUCUUAUAGAGCGAAAAAUACGGUAUAUCAGCAGAUGUGUAUGCUCUUUGUACUGUUACACUACAGUGUGAAGCUCAGGGCAGAUUCUCGGGUGACUUUCUGUACAUAGAGAUUCAUGCUAGUGUACAUGGAAACAUGUAGACAAUUACACGGAUACCUUCUUUAGCAAUACUUUGUGUUGGGAAUAACACACCCAUAUGAGCUUCCCAAUAUGUGCAUAUGCUCAAGACCAAAAUAUAUAUCUUUGCAGCUAUUUAAAUGUGAGUGUUUUAGUAAGGCACUUCUGGCUUCAGUUAUCAUCAUCACAAUCAUACGGCUUCCAGCCGAAUAAAAACACAGCAAAACAUCACACAUUAAAAUUUCCCGAUACAGGACUGCCUUCACAGGUCUUCAGAAAGUUGUUUAUAUAAUUUGACAUUGAUGGGAGCCACUGCUGAGAAGGCCCUGUGCCUGCUUCCCUGUAACUUCAUUUCUCACAGUGAGGGAACCUCCAGAAGGCCCUCGGAGCUGGACCUUAGUUGUCCAGGCUGAACGAUGGGGAGUUGGAGACACUCCUUCAGGGCCAAGGCCGUUUAGGGCUUUAAAGGUCAGCAUCAACACCUUGAAUUGUGCUUGGAAGCCAAUGUGGACGCUCAGAUGA